UGGAAAAUACGCAAAGACAAGUAUUAGGGACGUGGAUCUGCGUGUCACGCCACUAUCCGAGGUUUACCAAGACCUUACGCUGUUUGGUCUAAAUUAAAUAAGCCCCUGACAGAGAGAGGGAGUUAGAGAGGGAGAGGGGGAGAAAGGAGUAUUGGUCUGAAUGUGAGACCCUUGCACCGUGUCCCAGACAAAAGGAGGCAGUCCGGUUUGCCUAACGGUAUCGCAGUGAAGACGGAAGUAGUCGGAAGUGAGAACUAUCGCCUCGGCUGUAUACUGCUCUCACAGCCCGGCUGAGAAACAAAUUGCGUGGCUUUGUGAUAAGCCACAGGAGUAACUACAGCACCGGCCAUGUCGCCUUCGACCCACAGGGGAUGCCCGUAUUUACCGUGAACCACGCUAGGACAGCACAGCGCCAUCCCGUCAGGGGUCUGGUUGGACUCGUCGGUGAGAAGCCAUACUUGUCAAGGCUAGCUAGACGUGUGCUAGCUGUGCUGUGCUAGUUAGCUUAUUGAAAAACGUCCAGCAUCGUCAGCGUUGGAGUAUCUAAUAUGAUAGCGGAGACAUAAACCACAACACCGCAGCGGAUCUGUGCGUCCUAGGCCCACAAAACCACAGUGAAGAUUUGGAUGACGGUGGACAUUUUCUACACCAGGUUCCCAUUCAGAUGCAAGACGUAUCAGCUUGGACCUGGCCCAUGUAGGACCAAGUGGAGGACUGGGUGAAGGGACAUAGCCCGCAGCUUUCAGUCUUGCAGAGAAUGGCUCAUGGGUGGGAUUCAUAUUUUCAUAACAUUCAGCCAUUGUCAUCAGACCCAAGGUCUUUGAGAGGGUCUUCAGAAUCACAGGGAACUCUGUCCCAGCAUACAGAGAACUUCACCGGACAUCAUGACUUCUCUAACAUCGUUGCUUCCCAAGAGGCCCCAUCAUCAAACUUAAGCUUCAACACAAACUUUUAUUCAAACCCCGGUAUUAGUAGAACAGACUGUGUUUAUCAGAAAUACUAUGGUGAAAUGCCAUGGCAACCUGAUGGACAACAAGUAGCCCAAGACUGCUUGCCAAGCUAUGGAAGUAGCAACAUCCCAGAUUUAGCCACAGAUGGAUUAUCUACAUCAGGACAUUUUCCCUCAUCUUUUGCAGCAAAUCUGCAAGAACUUAAGCAAGAGUGUGGAAUACUAACUUCAUCCUUUCUUCAGGACUACUCGGAUGUAAGUAGUUGCUCAGAGGCAGAUGUCAAUGAAACAAGGCCCUCUUGUAAAUUCAUGACAAGUAAUUCAGAUUCAAAACCUUUGACUCCUACUGGUAAUAUGGCAUAUCCCAUGGCAAGUCUGUGUGCUAAUAUGUCGGAAACUACUUUAGUUUUGGCUAAUUUAUCAAAGAGUGAGACAGGAGAUCACUGUGCACAGGACAAGAUGGAAAAUGUAGAGAAAGUUGUGAAAACUUGCAUACAAAAUGAUAAUAUUUCAGGUACUAAUAUGAUAGCUACAACUACUGACAGUACUGAGGAUAAUAUUAAACCUAUUGUUUGUCAUGAGGAGCAGCAGCAACAACAGGGGGUAGAUAUGGAGGAGGAGCAGCCUUUCACACAAGAGACACAAUCAGACACCCCCAUAGGUGCUCUUGGAAACUUGACAGAGGAUGUAGCACAGGAGGAACCAGAUGGCCCUGAGGAAAAGCAGUUAUGUCCUAAACAAGAGACGACUGUAGUUGUUUCAUAUAGCAUGGCUUCCUGUGGCAGUACUGGAGAAGAUGACUUAAAUAGUCAAGUCAAGGAAAAGGAAAGGAGAGAAUCAAUAGAAAAUCACAACAAAAGCAUGGUUUGUGAUGAGCAGAAAAAUUCAAGUCUAAGCCCAGUGGAUGAUCAAAAUAAUGUGAGGAAAGAUAACCAAGAUGAUCAGGUCAAAGAAAUACAACAAUCUACGCAUGAAUCUGCAGGUUCAGAGGAUAUCAAGGUGUUAGAUUCUCAAGAUGCAACUCAUGAACCGAAGGAAUACACAUGUACCACGGCUGCAGCCAGCUCCGCAGCCAAAGAAAAUGACGGUCAUAGUUUGGAAAGCAAUGAUCAAGAUAGUCUGCCUUUGAAAAGUAGGCCUGAGUGCAUUAUCAGUAGUGGUUCUGUUGAGGAAAGUAACUGUGAAUCUGUUUGCACUGGUGAAGAUAAAGAGCAAAGUGUUUCUAGUCAAGUAAUAUCCUGUGUACAGCCAAACAACUCAAGCGUCCACCUAAAUCCCUGCCUAGAAAAGGAAUGGACAAGUCCAGCAGUGGAUACAAAUUCAUCCCCUUGUCCAGAUGAGGAACAGCUGGUGCAACAAAGUCAUAUGGCCAUAGAACCAUCAGGGCUUAGUGAAGAUGGUGCUGAAAAUUUAGGAAUAUCAUCUCAGGAGUUAAAUACAUCUGAAGAAGUGCUUGGUAUGUUGUAUGGUGAACCUCUGUCAAGAGAAGAUUCUCCCUGUGAAGCUGAUGAAACAAAUUCAAAAACUAAUCAGGUUGAAGGAACAUCUGUAGCCGGAAAUGAAAGUGAAACCAUUAAGCAUUUGGAGGUACAAUCACCUCAGCUGAAAUGCUCUUUACAAAUGAGAAAACGUCUGCAGCCAGUUGUCAUUUUGAAGACUUUAGAGCCAGGAAGUGCAACAAACAAGGCAUAUCACUGUGCCCAUUGCCAACACACAACUGAAACUGUAGAUAAUCUCAUUGAACACCAUCAUUGUAGCCACUCCUUGCACAAAUUCCGAUUUUGCCCAACCUGUAAUGUCUACUUGAUGAGUAAUGAACAAGUAGAAAAACAUUUCUGUGGUGUAACUGAUGAGGCCUCUCAGCUGUCAUUGGAUUCAACCUUAAAAAAGAAAAAACACAGACAUUGCCCUUACAAGUGUAACAAGUGCAUGGUGACAUUCUCCAAAUUAAUUCAUUAUAUCAAGCAUAUGCGGACUCACACAGGCAAAACACCAUUUAAAUGUGAUGGAUGUGGCUUGUAUUUUGCACAGAGUAGCAGCCUGCACAGACACCAGCGUGUUAUCGGUCGAUGCCAGGGCAGGAGAGUUACUGAUUCUGCUACAAACUCUGAUGCCGCUAUCAGUAAAACUGAAACAGAAAAGCCGAAGGGCUUGGUACCAAACAGCCCAUACACCAGCCUACCUGAAUGUUACGUGAAGCUUGUAGAUGUCUGUAGGACCAAUACAUGUCAUUUAUGUCAUAAAAGAUUCUUAACUCCAGAGAAACUCAAAAAGCACAAAUACAAUGUACACAAGGGGAAGAAUGGGGCAGUUGUGCUUAAUCAGUGCAUCAAAAGUGCCAGCCAAUCUCUGCAAAAUGGAAGCAAAGAAGCAAGAGGAAAACACAUUUGCCCUUUUUGUCCACGGGUUUUCAAGUACUCCUACAACAGGGCACGACAUCUGCGAGACUGUGUUAGAGAUUUAACAUUUGGUGGCAAGGGAAAACUUGGCAAAAGAUAUCAAUGUCCCAUGUGUCGUGCUACCUUCUCUCUUUCAUCCAACAGACGUAGACAUAUUAAAAACACGUGCCUGAAAGAAUAUCUCAGUCGGCUUGCAAAGAAAAAGACUGAGUGUAAGGACAAUGAUGAAAAGGAAAAACAAAUACCUCCAGCUUCAACAGCACCUCAGAAAGUGCCACGCUACAAAUGCAAUCUAUGUCCAGCAGUUUUUUGCCAUGCAUCUGGUAAAUACAGACAUAUGAAGAAACAUGAGGUGUUUAAACUCACUGGUAAAUUGUUCAAAUACAAGAAUUCAAGUUUUUUCCCCAUUUCUAAGCAAACAAAUGUCAGUAGUGAAAAGACUGAAGAGUGUAAGGAUACAUCAAAUUCAGACAAACCCAGUAGCAGCCUUUCCCUCACCUGUCGCUUUUGUGGAAGAUGUUUCAGCAGCUCAUGGUCUCUGAAGAAGCAUGAACGCAAUCACAGAGGUGAAAGACCUUACCGCUGUUUGGAAUGUGGCAAAGGGUUUAAGAAACAUUCCUACCUGAGUGCUCAUAAAAUGGUUCACCAGCGAAGGAUACAAUGUACUGUUUGCAGAAAGAUUCUUCCAACUAUUGGGGAACUGAUUCAGCACAGAAAAUCACAUCUUAAAAAGGGGAUGCUGCAAUGCCCAGACUGUCCAAUGCAGUUCCGGUUCCCUGUGUAUCUACUGAGACACAUAGCAACCCACAAACAUGUGGAAAAGAAAGAAUUGACGAUGGAAGAGAGCCCAACACUAAAACCAGAAGAGGCCUCAAAAUCAGCAGACAAGGAGGAAAAUCAGCAAGAGGAAAACCAGCUACAGUGCUCCUUAUGCAAAAUGACUUUUCAGGAUCCCCAGACACUACGAAAGCACUGUCUGAAACAUAUAUCCGGGGCCUCCUCACGACAGUGUCCAUUCUGCAAACGUAAUUUCAGUUGUCGUCGCUAUUUACUUCGUCACAUGCAUAAACACACUGGAGGCAAACCUUUUCCAUGCAGUAACUGUGGGAAACAAUUUUACCGUGAGGUUUACCUUAAACUUCAUCAAGAAAAGUGUUUAGCUACCAAACCCAGACAUGUAGUCAUUACUCAAACAGAUAAAUGUAACAAAUCAACUCAGUGUCCCUACUGCCCACGUUUAUUUUCCAGGAGAAACCGCUUGAAACAACACAUUAAUGGCCACAAGUCAAAUACACUGGUUGUCUGCUCAAAAUGUGGGCAGUUCUAUGGAUAUACAAAGUUAACACAACAUGCGAGGGACUGCAAAGGAACGUUAGAGCUCAACAUCGGUUUACCAUCUCCUAAUGGUCGUUGUGGUAAAAAUAAUCAAAAGGGUCAUGAAAUCCCUCUGCAGAACAGUGCUACUAAAACCAAGAUGCUCCAACACAGCUGCUCUCACUGUCCUCAGAAGUUCAAAUACAGGUCACUUCUCUUGAGACAUCUUGUUUCCCAUACUGGUGUGCAACCUUAUGCAUGUAUGCAUUGUGGCCGUAGGUAUAGCAGCCAGUCGAUGUGUUUGCAACAUGAAGCUUUCUGUGAUGGUGUUUACAGAGAAGUUCAAUCAAAGGUCAAGAGUGAUGUUACAACAAAAUUGUUGGAUGCAUCCUGCAUCAAAUUAGGAGAGAAGCGUCAAGCAGAAGGUGAAGGUGAAUACAAGUGCAAAUUCUGUACAAAGACUUUUAUGAAAUCUCGAAACCUGAGACGCCACAUUUUGACACAUACUGAAGUCAAGCCUUAUCGCUGUAAAGCCUGUGACAGUUGCUUUUCCAGGUACGAUCAUCUGAAAGUACAUCAGACUCGCUGUAAAGGGAAAAGACAUCGAUUGGAAGUCUGUAUACCCAAAAUCAGUUUAGAUGAUGUGGGGAAGGGUUGGCAAAAUAAGUUGGAUAAACUUGCUAUUGAAAAGCAGCAGAUAUUUCAGUGCAACAUCUGUUCAGCAAGCUUCGCGUCUCAGUCUCAAUUGUCCCGACACUUCACUAUGUUCCAUGCUGCAAAGUCAUUUAGCUGCAGUGGCUGUGAUGCAUCAUUUGCCCACGAAAAGUCUCUGAAAAGCCAUAAACAGCUCUGUAAGUGCAGUAGUGUCUCCACUGAAACAAAUGGUUCUCUUCCAGUUAGAACUAAUCCCCAAACAGAAAAUGUGACAAAGCAACUUCAUGGAGUGAGGAGUAAAAUUCUGCAGAGGAUCCAGCCUUAUUUUAACAAAAAGCAUAAAUAUGCCUGCAAUUACUGCCCUCGAUUUUUUGGAAACAGCUGGCAACUGAGAGUGCACACCCGCCUGCACACAGGUGAGAAGCCAUAUGUCUGUGACAAUUGUGGUGAAAGAUUUAUACGGAAGGAUUAUCUGCAACGUCAUUCGGUAAAGUGCAGCCAUAGAGAUGAGCAAAUGGACCCAGUGCUUUGUGAUCGAUGUGGAGGGUUUUUCUCUAGAGCCAGUCUUGAAAGCCACAGAAAAAGCUGCAUUUCCACACCAAGCCUAUCUGUCGUCAGUCAACAGUCCAAGCCUAAGCCAAGUCCACCCAAGGGAUUUUCAUGUGCAUACUGCAGUUCCCGUUUCUUGAUAUUUUCACAGCUCCAAGAACAUUUUUUAAAUGCACACAAGCAAGACACAGGUUUGAAGCCACCAGCAUCCACUGCUCCUCUACAGCAGCACCUGUCAAAUAUAGUGACCAUCAAGGAAGAGCCAUUCGACAGGGGAGAGGGUGAUAAACAGCUGAGUGGUGAUGGCAACCUAUUGUUCGAACAAGAUGAGGCUUUUGAUGAGAUGGACAAACCUUUUUCCUGCCCAAACUGCAACAUGUGCUUUAAAAAUAAAUCUGGGCUGACUGGCCAUUUGCGUGUGCAUACAAAAGAGCAUCCUUUUACCUGUAAAAGAUGCAAGAGAGGCUUCUGGAAUAAAAAUCUACUUCGUAAUCACUACAGGAGAUGUAGAAGACUUGUAAGUGUUGCUAAGAUUAAUUCUAACCUGGAUUCAGUCAUCUCAGAAAUGGAUGUAGUGCUUAAUGACUCUGAUGUAGUGUUCAAACAAGAUUCCCAAACAACUGCCACGGGGGGUUUACUGAGCAUCUCCAGUAAAGACAUACCAAAGCAGAAUUCAAGAGGAAACCAGGAGCAGAGCAACUUAUCUAGAGAAAAGAAAACUGUGCAGUACCAAUGUUCAGAAUGUGACAAGAGCUUCACAGAUGGUUUAAUGCUCAUUAGUCACCUAGAAGACCAUGGAAGAAUGGAACAAGAGAAAAAACGUAAUACAUGCUCCAAGUGUGGGCGGGUAUGUGCCAGUCAAGGAAAUCUUGAAAAACACAUGAGAAUGCAUGGCAUUCAAAAGACACAUUAUUGCCCUGACUGCUUUAAGCUAUUCCCCUCCUUAGCUGAGCUUGAAAUCCACAGAGCAAGUCAUGACCCGAGUAAACAAUUUGCUUGCAAAAUAUGUAAACAGAGGUUUUGGACAAGGAUAUCUUUGUGUAGUCAUUACAGUGAAAGCCAUCCAAAUGAUGCAUACACUUGCCGCUUCUGUAAUAAGAGCUAUUCAGUGAGAAAAUCGCUUGUUAGACACUAUCGGAUGAGGCAUAAAAAAAGUCGGAUACAUGUCAGUAUUGAUGGCUCUCUGAAGCAAAAAGGGAGCACUGAACAACAAUCCAGCAGCCAAGUCAGUGUCACUAGUGAAAGUGAUGACAGCAAAGAUGAAAAUAAUCAUACUGAGGACAGUGACUCAGACACAGCACCCUACUUCCCCUGCCAUGUCUGUGGCAAGACAUUCCUUACAUCAGAAAGCCUUGAGGAUCACCAACGAUGUCACCUUGGUGAAAAGCCACAUGAAUGUGCAGAGUGUGGUAAAUGUUUUUUCCAGGCAUCCCAACUGCAACAGCAUCAGCGAAUGCAUAAAUCGGAAUUUCAGUGUCAGACAUGUGGCAGGGGCUUUGUUUCUCUCUUUGCAUUGCGCAAACACAAGCAUACGCAUGGUAAGAGCCGUCCAUAUCGCUGCUCCAAAUGCCUCCUCAGUUUCACAGGACCCUCACAGCUGGCAGAACACAUGGCCACCCACCGUGAAGACAAUUUUCCAUGUGACAUAUGCAAUCGCACAUUUUCCUCUAAGAGUAGUCGAGCUGAGCAUCGAAAAAGACACGCUGAGUCAGGUGGUUGUCUCCCAUCUUUAAUUUCACCAGAGGAACAAAGAAAGUCUCCAUCUCUUUCUGACUGCUCCUUGACAAUUGCAAAAGAACUCAAAUAUCGCUGUGGAAUUUGUAAUGAGCGUUUCAAAGACCCAGAGGAGCUCUCAGAACAUGGUUGCAGGGAAGCCAAGGAACGACCAUAUUCAUGUCCAAACUGUAAUAAACAUUUCCUGCAUGCAUCUCACCUGAAAAAACACACGGCCACCCAUGAACAACAACAACUCAGUGUGUAUCACUGUAAUCAAUGCAACGAUACCUUUUCUUCCUCUCAGCAUUUCCUAAACCAUUUAAAGAAUCACGGUGACAAGAAUGGUGCAGCAGACACUGUGGAAAAUGACAGAGAAGAGCAUACAAAGGCUUUCAAAUGCCCAUUAUGCCAAGAGAAUUUUGCUAAUGCCACCGAACUGAUAAAGCAUUUCCCAGUGCAUUCUGAUGAUGCCCAUGAAUGCAAAAUUUGCAAACUGCAGUUUCUCUCUAAAAAUAAGCUUGAAGAACAUGAGCGUUGUCAUCUGACUGCAGCUACACAAUUUGAAUGCACUGAGUGCUCCCAAAGCUUUUUGGGAAGCGAUGCUUUCCGCCAGCAUCACUGCUCCCGUCGCCAGCAUGCAGCAGAAAGUGAAUAUCCAUCAAACAGAAAUUCCCCUGUCCCUUGUAGUCAGGCAGUGGCAGAGGAGGAAGAGGUUGAUGUUACUGGGGAGGACUUGUAUAAUUGCCCUGUUUGCGCAAAACGUUUCGCCUCUAAAAGUGGCCUCUUGGAGCAUCAAAAUAAAGAGCAUCCACAUGAAAAGCCAUUCAAAUGUGAGUUUUGUGGAAAAACAUUCACACUGAGGCGGUAUCUUAGGGACCAUGAGCGAAGACAUCGUCAAAAAAUUGACACUGAGAAGAAACAGUUUAAAUGUUCUCAGUGCCUCGUUACAUUAGACACACCACAAGAUCUGUCCUUGCAUAUGAGAAUGCAUGCUGAACGAGAAGUUGGAGAGCAUCGUUGUGAUAUGUGUUACAAGUCAUUCAGGCAGUUGUCCCUUCUUAGGCACCACCAAGAAAGUCACGUCGGGCAAGUUGUGUAUGAAUGCACAGAAUGUGACAAGGCCUUUGCUUUUCCUCACCUCCUGGAGGAACAUCAGCAGACUCAUGCAGGGUCAUCUGUGUAAUUGCUGCUUUCACUAAACCCUCUACCUUACAUUCCCCUCUCCCUCAUAAAUAUUCUGACUUAACUAACUUGAAACGAUCCGUUUAAUCGCUAGCUAAAUCUGAUUUGUAUUAUUUGUCCAUUACAAAAAUAGCGGUUCUUGAUUUGUUGUUACAACUAAGCAUAUUCUCAUUUAUAAACAGUUGUUAAUACUGUACAUAGUUUGAGUUCUUGAAAAGACAUUUGUAUACAAAAAAUCAAAUUUGAGCUGGAGUGUGCCAGAAAUCUUGUUUUGUGAUGUAGGUUGUAAUACUCCUGUGACCUCAAAUUGCAAAUGUGUAAAUGGUGUAAAGUUGUUAAAUUUUCUCUGUGCUGAAUACAAAGCAUGAUUGGUUAAAAUGUUUAAGAUGUGUCUUUGGUGAGGGAUCAGAUUUUUGAUGUAUUGGGUUCAGCUGACAGUUAUUUUGAAAUGGUUUGCAGUUGAUUUUGCUGACACUUAAAAUGUAAAAUAUAUACAUCAAAUGGGUAAUUUUAAACCAUUUUGUAUUUUCUGAAAUUCCUUUUCGAUUUUUCAUUUAAUGAAGACAGGAACAUGUUUAAAUUUUCAGUUAUAUAAUCUUGGUUCUGUAGUGAAAUUAAGAGACAUAGAUUUCAUUUUUUUAUGUAGACAUUUGAAGUCUCUUGUACAUUGAUAUUUCAAGUGUUUAAACUGGAUGAACUUUUCAUAACCUAAGGUAUUACCUUUAGUCUGAAAAUUCAGCUGAAGCAUACAAGAAAUAAAUAAGUCAACUGCAGAAUUUGA